CAGUAGGGGAGGGACCCCGGGCCUUCCUCUAGUGACCCGGAACCGAGGGGGACCCUUAGUGCUCUGAGAGCCUGGGCUGCGGAGCGCAAGGGAAACAACUGGAAAUCCCCGGAAGUCGUCUCGCCCAUGCUGAACGCUCUGGGCUUUUUCCAGAAGAGGAAAAAAUAGGAAGUGACGUCUGGGCCCGAAGCAGGCCGGGCUUGCAGACCUUUACCGAUCGGCUGCUGGCCCCGGCCAGACCGGAGCGUCGCCUGCGGUCGGGGUGGUCGUGCCACCCGCCGGACGGUCCCCUAUCCCGGGAUCCGCUCGCCACGCGAGAGCGAGCUCAGCCCGCGGCGACAGAGCGGGAACGCCCUCCGGGACACCUGUCGCUUAUAUUUUAAUAUCCCAAUUCCAAGAAUACACUGGAUAACACCCUUGAAACACCAAGAAGAAACUAUGAAGAAGUGCUUUAAUUGUUGAGACCAUGGCUACAUCAGCAAAUCUGGACAUUGGGGCCCAGCUGAUCGUGGAAGAAUGCCCCAGCAGCUAUAGUCUCUCUGGCAUGCCAGACAUCAAAAUUGAGCACCAGCUGGACCCAAACUCAGAAGAAGGGUCAGCUCAGGGUGUUGCCAUGGGAAUGAAGUUCAUAUUGCCAAACCGAUUUGAUAUGAACGUAUGUUCUCGAUUUGUGAAGUCCUUAAAUGAAGAGGAUAGUAAAAAUAUUCAAGAUCAAGUGAACUCUGACCUGGAGGUGGCAUCUGUCUUAUUUAAAGCUGAGUGCAAUAUCCAUACAUCUCCUUCUCCUGGAAUUCAAGUAAGACAUGUCUACACCCCUUCUACGACGAAACAUUUCUCACCCAUAAAACAGUCUACGACUUUAACCAACAAGCACAGGGGAAAUGAGGUCUCUACCACACCUCUGUUAGCAAAUUCUUUGUCUGUCCACCAGCUGGCAGCUCAAGGAGAAAUGCUCUACCUGGCUACUCGUAUUGAACAAGAAAAUGUUAUCAAUCACACGGAUGAAGAAGGAUUUACUCCCCUGAUGUGGGCUGCGGCACACGGGCAAAUAGCUGUGGUAGAGUUCCUACUUCAGAAUGGUGCAGAUCCCCAGCUUUUAGGGAAAGGUCGAGAAAGUGCCCUGUCAUUGGCCUGUAGUAAAGGCUACACGGAUAUCGUCAAAAUGCUGCUUGACUGUGGAGUUGAUGUCAAUGAGUAUGACUGGAACGGCGGGACACCUUUGCUGUACGCCGUCCAUGGGAACCACGUGAAGUGUGUGAAGAUGCUGCUAGAAAAUGGAGCUGACCCAACAAUUGAAACAGAUUCUGGAUACAACUCUAUGGAUUUAGCUGUAGCUCUGGGCUAUAGAAGUGUGCAGCAGGUCAUCGAGUCACAUCUGCUGAAGCUGCUUCAGAACAUCAAGGAGUGAUGUGGCCUCUUCACUCCUGGGUCCUUACAAAUGAUGGUUUUGUUUACAUGUAAACUUUACCUCGGUUGCAAUAUUUGCUGGUUUUUAGUGAGUUUUAAGAAAUAUUCCUUUGGAUAAUUCACUGGUUUAUAUUAAAAUUAACCCUGAUUUUUUUUAAAUAAAUGUGUUUUACUCUAUAUUUAAAGUUAUAAAUUAAUGUUUUAUGGCAUGUAAACUUUUAUGGUACAGGUGGUUGUGUCUUUGUAUCAAGAACCACAAUUUGACACUUUGAGAAAUCCCACCUUGUUUAUCUUCACUCUUGUAUUAACUCUUUGACUUUGCACAGGGCUUAUUGUAAGUCUGGGGGGGAGGGAGGAAUAAUGUUCUUGUUGAAUUAAAAAGUACAUCGUGUGAUGGUUUACAAAAUCAUGUUUAAAUAAAAUACUUUUGCUGUCUGUGUUCUA